AUGGUUUCCUGGAGCGAUUCUGGCAGUUCGUCCGACGCUGAGUCAGUCAGCAGUGAAGUGCAGCUACCUUCCACCAUCUUGUGUUUGGAAUGGAGCGGCCUGGCCACAGAUCUGAGUUCUAGAUGUGAGCAUGAAUGUGUGUGUGAGAAGCUGGUGGCAUUUGAAUCAUUCUUUAAAUUAAGUGAAUAUUGUGGAUUGUUGUUUGUAACUCUGAAUUUGUUGUUUCUAACAAAUUUUGCUCAAAAGAUACCUAAAUGCAGCUAUCUUGAGUGGGUUGACCCUGAGUGGCCUGCCCCUUUGAAGAUGAGCCUAGCUAGGAUCUGGGGCAUGUAUGAAGAUGAGAACAAGCUUAGGCUCCAGGACAAUGUAGUUAAUGCUUCAGAAAAUCUUAGGGUUGUGAGAGAGAAGGAAAAGAUGGAAAAAGACUUGAGGUUUUUUAAGGUUGAUUUUGCUCAAAUGGUGGCUGAGAAGGAGCAAGCUCUGGCCCAACUAGGCAACACACAACUUGCUAUGGCUGACAUGAAGGAAGAUCUUGAUAAGAAGAAGAUGUCUGACAAAUCAUUCACAAACAUUCAUCAAGUUGUGAGGGCCAAGGCAGAGAAAGAGAGGGACCUGAUGAAGCAGGAGAGGGACAGUAUCAUGGAAGAGAGGGACAGUCUGGUGCAAGAGAGGGACAACCUGGUGCUGGAGAGGAAUGUGCUAAAGCAAGAGAAGAAGAUGUUAGAGUACAUGAUUGGUGAUCUUUUCAAACAUAAGGAAGACACCAAGGGCAAGAUAAGGAAGCUGGAAGAGAUGCUUGAAGAAUUUGAGUGA